CGGAUUUCGUAUCAUCAUUUCAUUCGUCCUUAUUCGAACGAACUCAACGAUAAUCUAUCCUAUUAUAUAUUUCGUACACGUGUAUUUGGCAUUUCCAUGACAAAUGCGUACUGGUCCUGUUUCUCUAUCUCUCUCUUUUUCUCUCUUUUUCUCGUCAUUAUUUUUUUUUUAUCACUUUAUUUUAUCAUCAAGCAAUUUUCGCUUGGAAUGUAUCAAUAAGGAUAUUUAGACGAUCUUUCUUGUUCGAUUUUUUAUUUUUUUAUUUUUUUUUAUAUUUAUAUUUAUAUCUACUCCGAAUCAUAGAUAAUAUCUAUUGAAUUUAUGGAUCACAUAUACAUAAUUUAAGAAUUAUUAAAAUCAAUUUAGAAACAAACGAACAAAACAAAAUAUUAUCCAUUGAGUUAAAUUUUUUUUCUUCAUAUUCAAUCGCUCCUUGAAAUUUAUUAUAAUUUUAAGUAACGAUCGAACUUGACCGACGUUAUAAAUUUUGAAAGGGAAUAAAAAUAAAUAAGAAGUAUUAUCGAAUGAACAGGUAUACGAGGGACGUUCACGAUCCAGAUAUUUUAAUACCACGUCGAGUACACGAGGAUGGUAGCUUCAAUACGUACAACCUACCGAAUUUUUACGAUCGUCGUGAAAUCGGCGAACGUAGCAAGAGAUCGGUGGAUCCUUAUGUAUUGCACUUGGUAUUGCCCUUUAACGGGAUUGAUCAUCACGUGGAAUUGAGACCAUACCAUGAAUUCAUUUCGCCGCAAAUGGUCGUAGAAACGCGAUCGGCCGGUAUUGGUGUUGCCAGUAAUCUCAAUGAGGCCUUGAGAUUUAAAAGAGCCUCGGAUCAUCAAUGCCAUUAUCGAGGUAUUGUCAGAGGCCAUGACAAUUCCAGGGCAGCAUUAUCCCUUUGCGAUGGUGUGGCUGGUUACGUGCAAACUAAUCACGGAAGAUACUUUAUCGAACCGAUGAACGAAGUCAAGCCCGAACUGGACGGCCAACACGUUCACAUUGCAUAUAAGAGAGAUGCGCCACAUGAAAAACAGAACAACGGAAAGGAUUCAACGAAAGGACAUUGUGGAACCAAAGACGACUGGGAAAGUUCAUGGGCUGAACAACUGGCCAAGUUACAACGACGAAUAGAAAGAAAUAAUACUUUGGGAUCGAAACGUGCUACAGGAACUUCAGGCACUCACAGUAUUCAUCGUUUCAUCGAAGUCGGUUUAGUAGCUGACAGAAGAUUUCUUGAUUUUCACAAUAAUACUAAUUACGAGCAAUACUUGUUAACGAUAAUGAAUAUGGUAUCGGAUUAUUAUCAUGACAGUUCUAGUGGUAAUCAGAUAGACGUCGUUGUCGUACGUAUUAUUUAUUUGGAAAAGGAAAAGGAAGAGAUAGACUUGCUAAUAAGUCCGGCGGCCGAGGAUACUCUGGACAGUUUUGCCAAAUGGGCGGAGAAAGUGAAUCCGAAGGAUCACAAACAUCCUAAUCACUAUGACAUUGCUGUACUCGUGACUAGGUAUGACAUUUGUUCGGAAGGGACCAAUUGCGAUUUGAUGGGUCUUGCUUUCGUUGCGACUGCCUGUGAUCCGUCAAAAGCUGCUUGCAUCAACGAGGAUAGCGGAUUGUUGCUUGGAGUUGUGAUAGCACAUGAAGUUGGUCACGUAAUGGGUUGUUCUCACGACACUGAGGAAAUAAGUGGCUGUAAGAAGGAAGACAAAGAUGGAAGUUUUUUUAUUAUGUCACCCGUUGUCUUUAUCUUUACUAUCAGAUGGUCGACCUGUAGUAGAAGAUUUAUAACUUCGUAUUUGGAGAGCGGCCUGGGAGAUUGUUUGAACGACGAUCCAAGAAGUCCUGGAGCAAAAUAUUCUUAUCCUAACAUGUUACCCGGCGCCAUGUACGGUUCUGAAUUUCAAUGUCAGAUGGAAUUUCCUGGAUCUAAGACUUGCCAGUCUAGUAAGUUCAGCGAUUGUUCCGCUCUUUGGUGUUUGACCAACACAAGUUGUUAUUCCCUUGGUACUCCGAAGGCUGACGGAACGAAGUGCGGUGAGAACAAGUGGUGCGUUCACAAGAAAUGCGUGGAUAUAGGCUCCCGUCCUGCAGCAGUGAACGGCGGAUGGGGUGCAUGGGGUCCUAUGAGUUCUUGUAGCAGGACUUGCGGUGGUGGCGUUAAAUAUUCUGAGAGGGAAUGCGACAAGCCAGUGCCAGCAAAUGGAGGUAGAUAUUGCAUCGGCGAGAGGAAGAAAUUCAGCACUUGCAACACUACGCCCUGUGAUCCAUCCAAACCACCGUUUCGUGCGGUCCAAUGUUCCUUGUACAAUGAAAGAAGUGUAUUGACUGACGGGCUUCAUCAAUGGACGCCGUACUUGUACGAGAAACAAAAUCCAUGUGCACUUUACUGUAUCAACGAGAAAAACACUUUCACCAAACUAUCCCCUACUGUGAACGAUUCAACUCCUUGUAAAGGCGGCACGAAUUAUAUGUGCCUUUCCGGAGUUUGUAGGAAAGUAGGUUGUAAUUGGGUAAUCGAUUCUGAUGCAAUUGAGGACAAAUGCGGAAUUUGUAAUGGCGACGGAACGAAGUGUACGAUAACUGAGGGAGAUUUUGACGAGCCUUCUGCACAAUCGGCUUAUAUAAAAAUUGUAACCGUACCUCGUGGUGCACGAAGUAUAAUGUUAAUGGAAAAGAAACCUGCGCAGAAUAUAUUCGCAGUGAAAUUGUCUAAAGACAGCAAGUAUUGUUUGAAUGAUAAAAAUCGAGAGGAGAGAAGUGGCGAUUACGAAUGCGCUGGUACGAUGAUUAUUUACUCCCAUCCGGAGCCGGAUAAGGAGGAGAUCGCGAUGAAGGGUCCGAUCGACCAAGAUAUCGAUCUCGAGUACGUGUUUUUCUAUCCCAAAGUGAAUCCAGGGAUUCACUAUAGCUACUCGAGCGGAGUCGUAGACACCAACGUGACCGUUUCACCGAAAUAUAUGUGGGAUUUUGUCGAGUGGACGGAAUGCAGUGCCAACUGUGGUGGUGGCUCGAUGGUGUCCGAACCAACUUGCGUCGAGGAAAACAAUGGAAAAGUCAGUCCAACUUUCUGCGAUGGUAUACCACAUCCAGAACCAAAGAGUCGAGUAUGUAAUCAGGAACCCUGUGUUGCGAAGUGGAGAGUAAGCCAGUGGAGCAAGUGUAGCGCGUGCGACGGUAACAAAGGCACUAGACAUCGUAAAAUUCAAUGCGUGAGAAUGAGUGGUCAACCAGACGAGGAAGCCAUUCAAGCAAAUUUCGAUGCCUGUAAGGGUCGCGUGCCACGACAAACAGAGGAUUGCGUUGGAACGAGACCGUGUAAGAAAACGUGCGAUAAGAAAACUCGAGAAUCUGGAAGAAACGAAUUGAUCGAGGACGACGAAAGGGAUGAAAAUUUAACGGACGAUGAUCGACGUAAGAUGAUCGAUAGAUUUGUGGAUCUCGGUUUGGCACGAUAUCUAGAAAAUAUUCGUGCCUCGACGAAGAUCAUUGGUAAAAGUUACGAUAAAAACGAAUCGAAUGAUUUCCGACGGUUUUUACGAGAUUGGGUGAUGAAUUCUGAAGAGGAGGAGGAGGAAGAGGCAGAGGAGAAGGAGAAGUUGAGAGAAAAGAUGAUCGAAAUUGAGAAUAAGAGAAAACGUACCUGUGAAUUAUCAACUGUUGAGACAAAUUUCACUACCCCAAAACCAGGAUCAAUAAUAAAAGAUUCAAUUCCUGAGGAAAACGUAAUAUUAAUGAAUGCACCCUACAACGAAGAAUCAUUAUUAUCUAAUCUAUCGGAUAAAGCUUAUCAAGAGGCCGGUGACUUAGUUGGAAUGAGUAUCGAUACUAAACACAAGAAAACUUACAAAGGAGCGGAAGCUGUUAGAUUGAUAGAGGAACUCGUUAAUAACAAACAACCGAAGAACAAUAUGUCCGAGAAGUUGGCGAUACAGAGAUCAGAAAAUAAAUCCGAUCUAACUUUAUAGCUUCAUUUUUAUUUUCUCGAUGCCUGUUUUUUUUUUUUUUUUUUUUUAUUUAUUUAUCUAUUUAUUUAUUUUUUUUUUUAUUACUAUUAUUAAGCUCGUCAUCAUUUAAUACCUG